AUGAUAUGCCGGCACGCCAAGCGCCCAGAAGCAGACAACAGCCCACAAGCCCACAGACAACGCGAGCUCUGUGGCAACCGAAAAAGAGGACGCUUCCAGAGGGAAGGAUUCUGUGCCAUGUGCAUCGACUUCUUCAAACCAUACGACAUCACUCAUUCGGCCAGUGUGCAGAAGUACCAGAGAUACAAGGCAGAAAACGGAUGGACCCAGCCCGUUCACCCAUCCAGAAUACCCCGCGACUAUCUUUUUGCAUACAAGGUCAUCGUGGUGCCCCGCUCAGUCCAUGUUCUCGGCAGUCAAGCCUGGGCGAAGCUACAGGUCGCCUCCCAAAAAUGGUACAAAGGGAUUCAUACACCGACGUCGGUGGACUUUCGUCGCUGCAUCGAUGGGUUACACCUGGAUGAGAAUAACUCCCGCCCCUGCCAGAUGGUGAGGCCGACGGCUCUGUUCGCCCCUCACGGAUUCAGUGUUCAAGACGAGCUGAUGUGUCCACUCGAUGAAGAUAUUCUGAUGCAUGGUAUCUUGGGCAAGAGUUGGGCAACAGAAUGGCAGUUGGAUAUCGCUUCGACUAAAUGA